CGUGCCACACUGGUACAUUGACAUUGGUUCGUUGGAGACGUAUCUUCAAAUAAGGAAAAAAAUAUAUAAAAAAAUGGUGCGUCGAUUGUAUAAUUUUUUAAUGUUUUCGAGUGUGGUGUCUGCCAUGUACAGUUCGAAAGCCAUGGAGGGCUAUCCUACAGGAUAUUUAGCGGAUUGUCCAGGAGGCGACAGGGAAGCGAUAAUCUCACGAAAGACCCUGAAAUACCUCACUCUAACAGUCAUAGGGAAGGGAAAUAUUCAGAACGUCAAGAAAACCAGAUACACAUACUUCCAAAUGAAAAGCCUGGCAAAAGAUCCUGACAUAGACUUUAAGAAGAAAACUGCCAUAUAUGUGGGAGGGUAUUUGGACAGUCCAAACUUUCCCUUCGCGUCUGUACUGGGACCAGCUUAUAAGAAGCAAGGAUACAACGCGUUACUGCUAGAUACGAAUAAGUUUACGACUAUGGAGUACCCUGUUGCCGUGCGUUACAUGCGACCUGUGGGGCAACACGUUGCAGAAAUGCUGGUAAACCUAACGAAAGAAGGUCUGGACCCAAAGAAAGUCGAAUUAAUCGGCCUCAGUCUAGGCGGGCAAACCGUCAGCUUUAUAGCCAAGAACUUCAAACGUAUGACUGGAGUGACCUUGGGCAGAAUCACUGGUUUGGACCCGUCUGGACCUUGCUUCAGGAACUUGGGACCUGAUGACAGAUUGGACCAAGCAGACGCUGAUUUCGUUGACGUUAUCAGCACCAACAUUGACGGUUUUGGCAUGGCGGCACCAGUAGGCCACGUCAAUUUUUAUGUCAACGGGGGAGAAUUCCAACCGGGAGACAUACUAUGGAUGCCAUGCAACGUUCUUUGCAGUCAUAUAAGGUCGUAUACCAUAUGGCUAGCGGCUCUUCAAAACCCAGAUUCCUUUAUAGCCAUGCAGUGUGAGUCAGUGCAGCAAGCAAGAGAAAAGAACUGCUAUGACAAUAAACCAAUGGUUACUAAUGUCCUGGGUUUAGAAACAGACCACAAUAAAACUGGAAUAUUCUUUUUGGCGACACAAAACAACUUUCCUUAUUACCUCGGCACCAAUGGGUUGAAAAGAGAGUAUGAAUUUUUCCAUGCUCAUAUGAAAGAGAUCACAGAUAAUGAUCCGAUGAAAAUGUGAUUUGUUUUUCUUUUAUGGAGGAAUACCAAAUUUACGCAGGAGGAGUGGGUCGAACAGUUGACUUUAUUUUGUGCUAGAGGGAGCAAAUAAUCAAGGUCUUUGGCUGAGUGUAAAAGACUUUACGGGAGUGAAAUAUUUUAGUACCAAGAGUUGAUGCUUGCCGAAUUUGAUAAGUAGAUUUUUUUCAUGAAUAAUUUUUAUUGAAGAUAUUGAAUUUACGCGAAUAAGUAUAAAGCUUUAACCGCGCAAAAAGAUUGCUUUGAUACAAUCUUUUUUACAUGUUUUACCAAUAUAAUAUGUAGAUAAUGAAAAACAGAAAAAAAAUAUAGGUAACUUUUUGUAUAUAUAAAUUAAAACCUAAAUCAAAUGAAGAAGAGUGUAAAGAGACGGGAAUCCAUUUAAUUAUCUAAUGCACUGUUUAGUUUUAAAUAUUAUUCAUAAGUAUUUUUUUUGUAAAUAAUAUAAAUAAAGUUUAUUUAUAAGGUUCCUAAUAAAAUGUAUAAGUAAUGCCAUCUAUUAUAUCAAUAUGUAACUAUAAUGACGUCUUUAAUAUAAUGUACAAAUAGUUCGUAGCAUCACCACUAGAUGGGAGUAUUAAUAAAAAAGUUAAGGAAAA